UCAGCCAGCAGAGAACUCAACCACAGAACCUGCAAGACACGGAAAGCAAAGAAGGGCUCUCUUGCGUGUUACCCACGUCCUACGUCCCUCGUGCAUUCCAUUUUGGCUGCGCCUACAAUUCCCAAAAUGCAACGCGGAGGCUGGAGGCGGACGCCCCUCGCCGAGCGGGGCCUUAUGAUUGGUGCGUGGACAACAGUGAAUAUAUGCGGAAUGGGGACUUCUUACCCACCCGGCUGCAGGCCCAGCAGGAUGCUGUCAACAUAGUGUGUCACUCCAAGACCCGCAGCAACCCUGAGAACAACGUGGGCCUCAUCACACUGGCCAAUGACUGUGAAGUGCUGACCACACUCACUCCUGACACCGGCCGCAUCCUUUCCAAGCUUCACACUGUCCAACCCAAGGGCAAGAUCACCUUCUGCACUGGCAUCCGCGUGGCCCACCUGGCUCUGAAGCACCGACAGGGCAAGAAUCACAAGAUGCGCAUCAUUGCCUUUGUGGGAAGUCCUGUGGAGGACAAUGAGAAGGAUCUGGUGAAGCUGGCUAAACGUCUCAAGAAGGAAAAAGUGAAUGUUGACAUUAUCAACUUUGGGGAAGAGGAAGUGAACACAGAGAAGCUGACAGCGUUUGUAAACACACUGAAUGGCAAAGAUGGUACCGGUUCUCAUCUGGUGACAGUGCCCCCUGGGCCCAGCUUGGCCGAUGCCCUCAUCAGUUCUCCGAUUCUGGCUGGUGAAGGUGGUGCCAUGCUGGGACUUGGUGCCAGUGACUUUGAAUUUGGAGUGGAUCCCAGUGCUGAUCCUGAGCUGGCCCUGGCCCUUCGUGUCUCUAUGGAAGAGCAGCGGCAGCGGCAGGAGGAGGAAGCCCGGCGGGCAGCUGCAGCCUCUGCUGCUGAGGCCGGGAUUGCUACAGCCGGGGCCGAAGACUCGGAUGAUGCCCUGCUGAAGAUGACCAUCAGCCAGCAGGAGUUUGGCCGCACCGGGCUCCCCGACCUGAGCAGUAUGACCGAGGAAGAGCAGAUUGCCUACGCCAUGCAGAUGUCCCUACAGGGUGCAGAGUUUGGCCAGGCAGAAUCAGCCGACAUUGAUGCCAGUUCAGCCAUGGACACAUCUGAGCCUGCCAAGGAGGAGGAGGAUUAUGAUGUGAUGCAGGACCCCGAGUUCCUUCAGAGUGUCCUGGAGAACCUGCCAGGAGUGGAUCCCAACAAUGAAGCUAUUCGAAAUGCCAUGGGGUCCCUCGCCUCCCAGGCCAACAAGGAUGGCAAGAAAGACAAGAAGGAGGAGGACAAGAAAUGAGACUGGGGGCAAGGGUGGCUGAGCCUGCUCAGGGGCCGCACAGGGUGGGACGGGGUGUAGGCUUAGAUAUGUUACCUGUAACCACUUACGCCUCAAUAAAGCUUGGCAACUUUUGUUUC